UGCGCCAGAGAAGAGAAGAGAAAAGAAAAAAGCUGAAAUUCUCAGAAGCAAAUGUGUGAAAGCGAAGUAGAAUAAUGGCGAGCAGCAAUUCUCACCGAAACGGCGGCGUCGGAUACACUAGCAGCAUAACUAGUAAUGGCACGAAGGUGAUAACGGAUAGGCAACAGCAACAACAACUGUUCUCCUCACUCAAUUCUAUCAAUCCCAAGUCUUCCACGACUUCUUCUUUGAAGCCGAAGUCGAGCUUGCGCCGAAGCAGCACCGGCUCAAUUGCCGGUUCGGCCACCGCUAAGGACGAGUCUCGGGGAGUUCGUGGGCGAGUUCGAGUUGCUGUAAGAUUACGGCCUCGGAAUGCGGAGGAGGCUGUUGCUGAUGCUGAUAUGCCCGACUGUGUGGAAUUGCAGCCAGAGCUCAAAAGACUGAAGCUUAGGCGCAACAACUGGGAUUCAGAUACUUUUGAGUUUGAUGAAGUGCUCACUGAAUUUGCAUCACAAAAGCGUGUCUAUGAGGUCGUGGCCAAGCCUGUUGUUGAGGGUGUUCUGGACGGUUACAAUGGCACAGUCAUGGCUUAUGGGCAGACUGGUACUGGGAAAACUUACACGCUUGCACGGCUGGGAGAAGAAGAUAAGUCAGCUCGUGGAAUAAUGGUGCGUGCUUUGGAGGAUAUUUUGGCAGAGAUAUCUCCGGAGACUGAUUCAGUCUCUAUCUCCUAUUUGCAGCUUUAUAUGGAAACUAUUCAGGAUCUUCUCCAGCCAACUAAUGAUAGGAUAUCAAUUAUUGACGAUCCAAAAACUGGAGAUGUUUCACUGCCUGGGGCAACUCUAGUAGAGAUUAAGGAUCAGAAAACUUUUGUGGAUCUAUUAAGCUUAGGAGAGGCUCAUCGAUUUGCUGCUAACACAAAAUUGAAUACUGAAUCUUCACGUAGUCAUGCCAUUCUGAUGGUAAAUGUAAAGAGGUCUAUCAAGGGUAAGGAUUCUGCUCUUUCAGUUGAAAAUGGGAAUGCUUCUCAUGCAGCUAAAAUCUUAAAACCUCCCAUUGUGCGUAGAGGAAAGCUAGUCAUUGUAGAUCUUGCUGGUUCUGAGCGCAUUGAUAAGUCAGGAAGUGAGGGUCAUACAUUAGAGGAAGCGAAGUCUAUCAACCUUUCUUUGAGUGCUCUAGGGAAGUGUAUUAAUGCACUCGCAGAGAACAGUCCUCAUGUUCCAGUCCGGGAUUCAAAACUUACAAGGUUGCUUCGAGAUUCAUUUGGAGGCACAGCAAGAACAUCAUUAAUUGUUACAAUCGGGCCAUCCCCACAGCAUAGGGGAGAGACAGCAAGUACUAUAAUGUUUGGACAAAGGGCUAUGAAGGUGGAGAAUAUGUUGAAAAUUAAAGAAGAAUUUGAUUACAAAAGUUUGUCCAGGAGGCUUGACAUUCAGUUGGACAAACUAAUUGCUGAAAAUGAGAGACAACAAAAAACUUUUCAGGACGAAAUUCAAAGAAUAGCAUCUGAAGCACAAAAGCGUAUUGCUGAGGUUGAGAGCAAUUAUGCUGGUGCACUGGAGUCAACAGAAAUUAAUGAGUUUAAGAAGUUGCUCCAAAAUGAAACUCUACUACGAAGAGCUGCAGAAGAAGAAAUAAGUAGUCUAAGAAAUGAAGUAGCACAGUGGAAAAGGUUGGAGGCAGCAAAAAGUUCUGAGAUCUUAAAGCUUCGCAAGUUGCUGGAAGAUGAAUCACAGGAAAAAGCAAAACUUGAAGAAGAAAUUGCAGCAUUACAAAGUCAGCUAUUGCAAUUAAGUUUUGAAGCUGAUGAGACUAGACGAAAUCUUGACAAAGGAGAAAUGGCAAAAUUAUCUGGUGAUUUAGAUUCUCUAUUACCUCAAUCUAAUCAUCAAUCAUCUAGAGACUUUGGUGAUGGAGCCUCCAUGGCAAAACUCUUUGAACAAGUGGGAUUGCAGAAGAUAUUGUCAUUACUUGAAGCAGAUGAUGCUGAUGUGCGAAUUCAUGCAGUAAAAGUUGUCGCUAAUCUUGCAGCUGAAGAGUCAAAUCAGGAAAGAAUUGUUGAAGCAGGUGGUCUUACAUCCCUUUUGAUGCUUCUUAGAAGCUCUGAUGAUGAAACCAUUCAACGGGUUGCAGCUGGUGCAAUUGCUAACCUUGCAAUGAGUGAAACCAACCAGGAGCUUAUUGUAUCUCAAGGGGGCUUAGAACUGUUGUCAACUACAGCUGCUAAUGCCAACGAUCCGCAGACCCUUCGCAUGGUUGCUGGAGCCAUUGCAAAUCUUUGUGGCAAUGAUAAGUUACAAAUGAAGCUAAGAGGCGAAGGCGGCAUUAAAGCAUUGCUAGGAAUGGUGAGAUGCAGGCAUCCUGAUGUUCUAGCUCAAGUUGCCCGUGGGAUUGCGAAUUUUGCAAAAUGCGAGUCUAGAGCAUUCACUCAAGGAACAAAGAUGGGAAGGUCUCUCCUAAUUGAAGAUGGUGCCCUUCCAUGGAUUGUACAGAAUGCCAAUAAUGAAGCCUCACCAAUCAGGCGACAUAUUGAGCUAGCACUUUGCCACUUAGCACAGCAUGAAGUAAAUGCAAAGGAUAUGAUUACUGCAAGAGCGCUGUGGGAGCUUGUUCGAAUCUCACGGGAUUGUUCACGAGAUGACAUAAGGAACCUUGCAUACAAAACACUUACUCACAGCCCAGCUUUCCAAGCGGAACUGAGGCGUCUACGGAUAGAUUAUGGUUAAAGAAAUUGGUUAUAACAUACCAGCUCUUGGGUUGCAGAGACAAUUAUAAACACAAGGUGGCUGCCCAUAAGAAAAAUGGGCAGGAUCCCCCCUGGAGGUAGCAACUGUCUGAAAGUCUUUAUCAUUAUUUGGACUGCGGGAAGGCUGAUUUGUGGCAUUUAUUGUGUCUGAUCCGACGACCGGUAUUUGCAGGUCAUUGGCUUAUCAUGUAAAUUUGCUUAAAGUUAGAUAGAAGUUGCCUAGUUAAGAUGGUCUUCUCACA